AGCUCUGUAUCAGAUCAGUACAGAUCAGUACCCGGAGCUAGUGCGCAAGUGCUCCGUCUAUCUGAAAGAAGUGUUCGUUGCCAGCCGGACGGCUCGGGGAGAAGAAUUUUGUGCAGGCACAAUGAAGCUCUCAGCCGUGUGCUUCCUGCUGCUACUGAGCGGCUCAGCAUGGUCCCAAGAUCCGGAUUUCGGCGGCUCAGAUGUGAUCUUCGGUACAGAAGAACCGGACAAGGAUGCACCAGCCGAGACGCUGGCACCCGAUGAGAAGCCUUCGCUCGCUCCAACCACGGAGGAGGUCAAGCCCACGGACCCAGCUAUGGGAGCAGAGAUUACUCCGGACAUGGAACUACCAGUGCCAGAAAACUGCACUGGUGUCAUGUGCGAUUUCGAAGCCAUCCGACAGUGCGAGGCACCAGUGAUCUUCGCCAAACAGUGCUGCCCCGUCUGUCCCACCCUGGACCUCUGUGACGGCGUGGAGUGCAACGACACGGAAGUCUGCAGCGUGUUCAACGGACGCGCCGUCUGCUGCACCGACCUGAGCGCCAAGAGAGCCCGCAGCCAUGGUUACGGUAGCCAUGGCGGGCACCAUGGGCAUCGCGGCCGCCGCAGUCCGUCUGUACGUGACCAGGUCAACCGCCGUAUUAGCACUGUCCUCCAUUUCGGCAGCCACCACCACGGCCAUGGGUACUACUCGAACGCUCAGCUGCAUCAUAACAAGCUGCGUUGUCGCUACGACCUUCCCGACAACUGCACCCUGCGCUUCAAUGACGAGAUGAUGAAAACUCCCACUAAAGGUCCCUGUGUCAAUGCCAGCUGUAACGAGUCGGAGGCGUGCGUUGUCAAGUAUCGACAUACCCUCGUCCGUCGCUUCUUCCGCAUGUUCGUCGUCAUGCGCAAGAUGCCACACUGCUGCAAGAUGAACCGCCCCGAUUGCCCAGACGUCGAGAGACCCACGGUGCUCGGCAAGUGCCACCUGCCCGGUGACCCUAUUCCGAUGAAAACCAAGGAAUGCAACUGCACAGACAUGCCACUGCGUCGUGGAAAGCGUGGACACGGGUACCAGAUUGUGCGACACCGAGGUUAUAACUAUCUUGUGGGAAGGAUGUUCGGACGGUGCAGCAGCGGAUCACGCACCGAGACGACGUACCAGCGUGUACCCGGGUCAGUGAAGCGCUGCAAGUGCGAAUGUCCACGCCACGAGUCCUAUGGCCACCACAGCCAUGCCAGGCGCUGCGGCAAGAUGAGGCUCAUGACCAACGAAUGCCGCACCCUGUAACGCUGCCAUUGUGCAGCGUUUAACCAAGACGGACAUUUUUUAUGAACUUUUCACUCAUGUUUCCCUUGUUCAAUAGUUUCCUGCCGGAUCCGGUUGCUCACAACACCGGUGUGCCUUUUCUUGGCUUCACAACUUUCUUUUAAAUUCACAAACUAUGACAAUUGAAAUUCACAAAAUGUCACAGAACACAAAGCUGAUGACCAACGCAUGACGCAUCCCGUAACUUUGCAACUGAGCUGUUUUUAACCGAUCGGAUCCUUCUUUAAAGGUCUCAUUCAUUCUUUCCCUCACUCAAUAGUUUUCUGCAGGAUCCGGCCACUCGCAUUGUGACAACACCAUUAGGCCGUUGCUUGGCUUCACAAAAUAUGACAAUUGAAUUUCAAAAAUUCACAAAAUACAAAGUUUAUGAUCAACGAA